ACAAAAUCCGACGCGAAAUUCUAACCCUAAUUUAUUUUCUCAAACAAGCUGAACCGGUGCACAUUUGCGAGUUGGUGAAUAUUCGUUCAUCCAAUGGAUUUGUCCAAAGAGUUAAACCAAAUUGCGAUAAACGGAAGAGAGGCUGAAAUAAGAGCCAAGAAAAUGUAUGAAAUGACCGAAAGAAAGUACGAUUUGCAGAGGAAAAUCAAAGACGCAAACACGAUGCUGCAGGUGAAGAAAGAGAAUUUGACAGAUAUUCGAAAAGAAACAGUCAGUCUUAGUUGUAAGUUAUCGGUCGUAACAGCAAAAGAACAGAUUGCAAAAGAAACUGUUCAUGAAUUGGUGCAUCAAGUCGUUGCAGCUGAAAAAGAAACUGAAGAUGCCCAGAAAUCUUACUGGCAGCAAAUCAAUGAUUUCAUACUAAGCUCUACCCAGUAUUUAAAGAAACAUUCUCGUCCGAUGAAGAAAAAGGAAAGCAAUCUUGAAAUGACGAAAGAUGCGAGAGAAUUGAAAUUACGAUAUUUGAAACUGGAGGGCGAGUUAGAAGCUUGCCGUUCUUUUGAAAAAUAUCAAAUUAGAAAAAUUAAGGAACUGAAAUUAUUGAAGGAGAUGAUGGAAAUCUGAAAGCAUUGAGUGCGUUGAAAAAUAAAAAAAUAUAAUUCCUGAAAAGUAGAGUAGAGUAGUUUCAGUUUGUUUCAAUG